AUGUCUGGUCCGCCAUCACCGUGGAUAGAAAAUUACUUGAGGGAAGUAGGUUUUUGGCACCCGGCCACUAUAGGCCGGGGGUACAAGUUGGACCCAAAACUCAUCAAUGCGUUAAUAGAGAGGUGGAGACCGGAGACGCACACAUUCCAUCUUCCAUGCGGAGAGUGUACUAUCACUUUGGAGGACGUCCAAUUACAAUUAAGAUUGUCGGUGGAUGAGGCAGCACUCACCGGGUCCGUUCAAUCUGCUGGUUGGGGAGCCAUAUCUUACGAUCUUUUGGGUGCGAUUCCGGAUAAUAUUUACGGAGGUCGGAUUGAGAUGGGCUGGUUACGAGACACAUUCCUGAAGCUAGGGAAUGAUUCGACUGAAUUAGAAAGAAUACGAUAUGCUCGGGCAUACAUCCUUGAGAUGAUUGGAGGUCAUCUGACGCUGGACUUAUUACGAAACCUCGUUCAUCUGAGGUGGCUGUUGAAACUCGUUGAUUUUAGAGCAGCUAACGAACUUAGUUGGGGGUUUGCCAUGUUGGCAAUAUUGUACCGGGAGAUGUGCGGGGUGACGAAACCAAAUAAAGCCAAAAUUGGAGGUUGA